CUCCUCUGUUUCUCUCUGUUUUCCUGUUCCAAUUCUCUCACCAUUGCAUAUGUUUCAAAGGUUGUCCUUUUAUCAUGAUUUCCACCUCCCCACGCCGUCCUGCGUAGUGGGUUCAGGUGAUUUUAUUUGUUAAUGUAUGAUGGAUGGAGUAAUUUGCUCUGAUGCAAAGAUGGACACCACCGUCGCCAGCACGACUGCAAGCACUUGGCGGCCGCCGCAAGUCGAUGGCGGUCAUAACCAACUUCACCACAGGCGCUCUAGGAGUGCCUCUGAGAAGAACGUGGAAGUACAGAGAAUUCUGCAAUCCAAGUUGAAGAACAAGGAUCACCAAACCGAAAUGCAAAUGAUGUCAUCAUCACCAGCAUGUGCAAGAAGGAGCCAUGUGGCCGUGCAAAGCCCUCUGCGUGAAUUCUCUAGCAGAAAUGACCCUUCAAACCACAGAGCCUCCCUAGAAAAAGAUGUUGAGCUGCUACAAUUAAGGCUGCAAGAAGAAAGAUCAAUGCGUUUGAUGCUUGAACGAGCCAUGGGCCGUGCUUCCAGUACUUUGUCCCCUGGUCACAGGCAUUUUGCUUCUCAGACGAAGGAGUUGAUUGCGGAGAUCGAGUUGCUAGAACAAGAGGUAACAAACCGCGAACAGCACGUGCUAACGUUGUACAGAACCAUAUUCGAUCAGUGUGUGACUAGUACUAGUAGGGCGACUUCACAGCAAAGCUCCAAUGUGGCUUCUCCUUCCCAUCCUCCUCCUCCUGCUCCUGCAAAGCAUUUGUCAUCUCCAUCGUCCAAUCAUAAUAAGAAACAUCCAAGGAUCAUCUCAAGUGCUUUCUGUUCUUCCAAGUUGCUCCCUUUGAGACCUCUGCAGUCACUUGUUUCCAUCAAUGGUGGCGGUGAAUCGGGGAAGAGACCAUCAAGUAGGGCAAAUGUUGGUGCUAGUACGUUGUUUGGUAGGAAAGACAAUCGGCUGCACAAGUCCUGCUCCAGCCAAGUUAAGGUUCAUCAAAGGGGUGCAGCAUCAACACUAGUGGAAAGAUCAGCAUCAAUUCAGCAGAAGACUCUGAAGGAUCAUCUCGACCAAUGUCCAAGCAAGCUGUCCGAGGAGAUGGUGAAGUGCAUGGCUGCAGUGUACUGCUGGCUCUGCAGCAGCUCGACGCCAGCUGGCGCGAACCCAUCUGUCAAAGGCAGGUCGCCUCUGUUGUCGAGGUCGUCCACCAAUGUCGUGCUUCCAAGGCGAGGAAACAACGUUGUUAACGGAGAGCAGAUCAGCCAAGAGGAAGAAGAUUGGUCGUGCAAAUCGACUGUGGAAGUUUGUUGGAUCUCGACUGAUAAAAGCCGCUACUCGUGUGCAUCCUAUGCCAUUGACCACUACAGGGUUCUAGUGGAACAGCUGGAAACAGUGACAGUAACCCAGAUGGGACACGAUGCUCAAGUUGCAUUCUGGAUCAACGUCUACAAUUCCCUUGUGAUGCAUGCAUAUUUGGCCUAUGGCAUCCCCCACAGCUCCCUGAGGAGGUUAGCUCUGUUUCACAAGGCUGCUUACAACAUAGGUGGCCACAUCAUAAGCGCAAAUUCCAUUGAGCACUCCAUCUUCUGCUUCCGGACACCUCGUGUUGGGAAGUGGCUUGAGACCAUUCUCUCGACGGCGCUGCGGAAGAAAUCAAGCGAAGAAAGGCAGCUCCUUUCUUCCAAAUUCGGCCUCUCAAUUCCUCUGCCGCUAGCCUGCUUCGCCCUCUGCACCGGCACAUUCUCCGACCCCGUGGUAAUUACUUGCACCGUCUAGUCUUCCUUUCUCACCCUUCAGAAAUCGCUUGCAGUUCUAAUUAGUUACUUAUGAACUGCUAUCUUCCAAAAUCAAUGCUCCAGCUGAAGGUGUACACGUCAUCCAACGUCAAAGAAGAGCUGGAAGCUGCAAAGAAGGAGUUCCUGCAAUCGAACGUCGUGGUGAAGAAGUCGAAGAAGGUGUUCCUCCCGAAACUGCUCGAGCGGUUCGCGAAGGAAGCUUCGAUGACGAUGAGCUCCGACGACGACGACGAUCUGAUCAAGUGGGUGGUGAAAAAUGUCGACAAGAAGCUCGGAGAUUCGAUUGAGAAGUGCGCCGGUGACCGAAAAUUGGGGAAGAAGCAGGCGUCGAAGGUCGUAGUAGUGGAGUGGUUGCCUUAUAGUUCUAGAUUCAGGUACGUGUUCUCCAAAGACUUGACUGAAAAGCCAUGGUGGGUAUGAGAACAAAUUAAACAAGAAAGAUUGGAGACUUGUUACUCUGUACAUAUGCAAUGUCAUCCUCUUUCUCCCAACGUUGAAUCUUAGAGUUUCAUCUUGUGGUUUAGAUAUGCGCACGGACGGUCGAUCGCCGAGCACAAAUUUGCAUUCUUUCGAAAUUUGUCGAAAUCAUAAAAUGGCAUGUCUGGAACAACAAAUGAUGUUCUUUGGUGAUGAAGAUGGAUGUAAUUUUGAAGAUCUUGAAAAGUUAUGCAAAAUAAUAAUUUUCUGUU